CCUUCGUCUUCUCUCCUUCCCACCACGCCUCUGCUGCUGCUUCCACGCCUAGUCGAUGACCGCAGUCGCCCGCUGUUAGUUGUAUUCUCCAUGAAACUCACGCUCCGUCCAGAAUGGCGCCUCCGGCCAUUCGCCUCUGCCCUCGGCUUCCUCGACCUCAAGACCGCAGUCACCAUUGUCCUUCUUUUCGCUGUUCUCAACAAGGUUGCAGGUGUCUAUGGUCUCGUGGCCGUCUUCACCGGAGCAGGAGGCUCUGCCGCCCAGCUCAGCAUGUAUAUAUACUCUGUUAUCGGCCUCGUAGGCCUCGUAUGGGGACUCAGAGUCGUCUCACAGGAGAACCCGAAGCAAACACUCUACUUUGCGCACCUCUUCUUCGCCGAUCACGUCCUCUCCACCGCCUGGCUCGUAUUCUUCGCCGUCGUUUGGUGGGUAUACACACCACAUGAUGGGCGGCGUCAGGCCAACUCCGCAGCGCAGGAGGAGAUGAUGAACUCGGGGCCGGGCCUCGGAAGUCAUAACAUGACCCAGGAGGAGCGCGAGCGCGCCGCCACGAUUAUAUGGCACGAAGAGAAGGGCCUCGCCAUCGCCGUCAUCGUGCUCAGCUGGGUCGCCAAGAUCUACUUCGCAGCGCUCAUCUACUCCUACGCCAUCCACCUCCGCAAGGGCUCUUACCGCUCUCUUCCGCGCUCCCGUCCAUCUCCUACACUUGCCGCCGCGCCUCUCGGCAUCCUGCCCGAUGAAGAGGACGAGGCGGUCGAAGAUUUCUACCGUCUUCCCGUGCGUACGCCACCAGCUCAUGUGCUCGGACAUAGCCGGCAGUCCAAUUCGCUGUCCGGCUUCGCGGACUUCGUUAGCGCACCAGGCCCCGCGCGCCGCGGGCGCCCGGGCAAGUCAGGGCUCAGCGCAAGCCUCGGCGUCGGCGGGGCCGCGGAUAGUGUUGCGGUUGGAGAUGAUGAGGUCGACGAGGUGCUGUUCGACGAGGACGAGCUCGCGCGCCGCGCGGGCACGAGUGCGGAGGAGAGCACGAGUGGGGACUCGUUGGACGAGGGGCAGAGCCGGAGCACGAGCCAUAGCAGGCGACCGAGCCGGAAUGCCGCCGUGAGUAGAGGCUAGUUCCCCGCGCACGGAGUACGGCUGUUUCGUCCACAUUUAUUCGUUCCAUAUCCAUAUAGCUAUCUGUGUCGAGGACGGAGGCUCGGGUCAGGCUCAGGAGUUGACAAUAUACAGUACUCUAGAUCGAAUAUACAGACAUCACACGGCAUCUGCGUAUGGACAGAGCGUAUGGUCGUGAAUGCAUAGUUUGUGGCCUUG